AUGGAGAGUGCCAUUUGGUCUUUUUGUGUCCCAGUCUAUCCCAUAAAUUUCACACAAUUGACUCGUUCUUUACUUCAGUAUGUUACUUCGUAUGUCAAUAAGUUUAUCCCUGACCUAAAAGGUAUCCUUGUGGAUUAUGAUGCUAAAAGUCUGCAAAUAAUAACUGAAGUUGAUUAUUCUGAUCGCAAUGUUCCUGCCGGUUUCACUUGUGGUCUUUUCCUGAUCCAUCCAGAGUUGAAUCAUCUUCGUGUACAUGGAAAAAUAAAAGUCAAUGUUUUUCGUCCAUAUUUGGGUUUGGAAGUAGAUGCUAUUGUCUCAAUGGUCAGACCACAAUUUGUUCUUUGUCGUACAGAAAUUUCUAACGUCAUGAUUAGUCUCCCACGUUUAUCUUUUGAGUCAGUUAAAAAAGAAGAAUCCAGUCAAUCCAUGUUGAAACCAUUUGACAAAAUAAAAGUUAAAUUGACACAAAUCGAUAGUAAUUUUGGCUCAUCAGUUUUACAAGGUGAAUUUAUGGAAUGUCUUUCGAAACCCUCAUCAAAACAUUCCAAGAAACAGCAUAAGCGUCAAAAAAAUUCUUCUGACAAUGACCUAAAUGAUAUGAAACCAAUCCUAAAACUGUCCGAUGACACCACUAGUCAUCAAACUACUCCGUCAGUUCAUGAAAAUCCUUCUGAUGCAGUCGAUUUCCUGAUUAGUUCUCCUAACCACGGAGCACCAAAAUUAAAAAAACAGAAGAUUCGAAAAGUUGAGGAAUCAUUACAAGAAGCUGAAGUUGUUGGUGAUUGUAAUGAAAAGUUGUUCACUCAUAAAGAAUCUCCAGCUAGUCCAAAGAAAAGGUUACGAAAGGAAAACUCAUCUGCUUCUAAAGUACCAAAAACGAAGAGCAAUCCAGACUCACAAGAGAUUUUUCCUGUUUUAUUAAAUGAUGCUCUGUUGAAAUGUGGCACGAAAUACAAAUCAAACCAUGAUUUAUUAUCUUCUGUAACUAUAAAAGAUGAACCAACUUGA